AGUCGCCUCUUUUGCAAUCCAUCUUGUUCUUUUCGUGUGCAUUGGCAAGGCCACGAUGAUCCAGAUCCUGCGAAAUGGCAUUGACAUAACCCGGCACCACAUCAAAGGCAUCUACGUAUGCAUGGUGGGGAAGGACAGGGAGAAACCCGAAGCCUUCGGACAGUCCGCGAUGGCAGAGGUGAUUUGCACCCUGCGGGAAGGUGAGCCGCAGAACGAGGACUGGGCGGGCGAAGGGGAGGAGGCGUCUUCGGCCUGGCGCGGGUCUUCCUUCACCACGAGGAGCAAAAGCGGCACCAAGUACAGCCCCAUCUCCGUCUCCUACCAGGACCGGCACAUCACCUUCCGGCCCUGGGACCCCGAGAGCUGCGCGCUGGCCGCGGCCAUCCACAACCGCAUCAUCCACUUCCCCAUCCGCCCGAAGGGAGUGGUCUUCAGCUUGGGCUGCUCCUUGCAAACUUUGAGUCACAUCUCGGACACCUUGGGCCCCAAGGGCCGGCUGAUCGCCGUGUUGCACGACCCAUCGGCGUGCCCACAGGAGCGCAUCAGUGCCUUCAUGAAGAGGCAUGCCAACACGACAGUCAUCAUCCAUGACAUACAAGCCGCAACGCUGGAAAGCUACGAGCGGCUGCUCAGCCUGCCGAGUUCCAGCAGGACGGCCUUCCUGAUGGCGCUGCACCCGCGCUUGGGCAAGGAGUCCCCUGCCAGGCUUCUCAAGGAGAACCCGCAGAAACUCUGCAGGCACAUUUUCGACUUUUUAGAAUGCUCCGACCCAGCCUACGUGAAGAGCUUGAUCGUGUGGCACUGGCCAGAGACGAGGACAGGUGAGAGCACUGAGACGGUGCCCAUCGGGCGCGAGGCGCAGGUGGAGGAGGUCCGCGAGGUGGUUCUCAAUCACAUUGACAUCCUGCAUAGCUGGAGGAAGCCCUCAAGUGAUGCAAAGGAACGGUCUGAGACAGAGAACAGCGAUCAAAAGCGGAAGGCAGAGAAAGAAAACUCGGAGACCGAAGGAAGCGAACAGAAGCAAAAGAUGUGGGUCUUUUUGGACAUGCGAACGGACACCCAGGAAGGUUUGGACAUGAAAACCGUUAGUGAGAUGAAGUGGCUGAAUGGCGGGUUGCGGACAGGCCUUGUCGCCAAGGAGCAGCUGGCUCUUUUGCCGUGGUUCCCGGAUCACGCCUUGCUGGUGCUAAAGUAUGCGAUACAUCGGGAUGAGCGACGGCAAAAGAAGGUUCUGGCCCCGCCAGGUCUGACAGAGGAGAGGCAGCCAACUGUGCCACAAGCCAUGCCUGUGCCUUCGUUUUUGGAGAAGGAGAAGAAGCGGCACCGGGAGCCCCGCGAGCCCCGGGAGCCCCGAGAGCCGAGGGACCCGAGGGAGCCUCGGGAGCCGCGGGACCCCCGAGAUCCUCGGGACCCACGGAAUGAGAAAAGCGAGAAGAGCGAGAAGAGCGAGAAGAGCGAGAACAAGAGUCGAGAGUCGGCGUCUGGGCCCCUUCCGUGGGAAGAUUUGGACCUCUCCUUGGCCAUGGCUACAGCCAAUGCCAACUUGGCAAGGUUCCAGCCCCCGUACACGAUGGCCAACCUGCCCCUGGCCAACAUGAACAUGUCUGGCAUGCCUGGCAUGCCUAGCGUGCCUAGCAUGCCUAGCAUGCCUCAGAACGUGCUGUCACUCCUUCAGGAAAAUGAGUUGGCGGCUCUCAUCGCACAGCAGUCAGGCCAACGCCAACCCAGUCACGCCAGCCACGCCAGCCACGCCACCCACGCCACCCACGCCAGCCACGCCAGUCCCAGCGGCAGCCACGGGUAUGUGAACGAGUGGCAAGGGAGUGGAGCGCACGGUGCAGUUGGAGCAGUUGGAGCACCUGGUCUCGGACAGGGCCGGAUGGGCUGUGGAGGUUGCGGAUGUGGCCCUUGCAGUGCUCCGUGUGGAUGUUGCAUGGGUAUGGGCAUGGGCAACGUGGGCAACGUAGGCAACGUGGGCAACGUGGGCAACGUUGGCAACGCUGGCAACUUCAAGGGCUUCGGCAAAGGCCAGAAGCCUUCGAACUCGAACGAUGCCUACGUCAUGCCCCACUGACAAGCGAAAGGUACAACAACGGGCUCGUCUAUGGGCAUCCAGCGAAGUGACCUGCAGUUCGCAAACAGUUUGAAGCUGCUGAGUGACGCCAUCAAGGAGGCCGAAGCGCAUCCAAAAAGGUCGGCUACAUCCAUCAACGUGGAUAUGCCGUCAGUUUGCUACUCCGGCAAACACCAGAGUGUUGCAGUCGCAACAUUUUGGGAGGACGUUUUGCGUUCGAUGGGUUUUGCGCGUUGCACAACCCAUAUCAAUCAGCAGUGGUACCUGUCAAAAAGGUUCUGCGGGAUCUGCGUGGAACGCGCGGCGCAUCCUACCGUAGCUGCCGUGACGAGAAUACAGAUGCGC